GCGAGUGAGGAGGCGGUGCGGUUUGAGAUGUCCCGCGGCGGCGGCGAUCGCAACCGUAAGAGAAAAAGAAAUUGGGAUAUAGAAUACCCAUCCUUCCCAGGAGAGAGGCCAGUGCAGUUGAGAAGAGCAGGUCUCAGGACAGUGGGGGCAGCUGCCUCCCUCUCUGAAGCAUGGCUCAGGUGUGGAGAAGGAUUUCAGGACACUUCUGGAACUCUGUCAUUAACACCUGAAAAGAAGGCUAUUACAGAAAAGCACCUUGAAUUAUCCCCUAGACCCAAGAAAGAAACUACCACAUCUAAGAGUACCAGUGUGCUUACAGAUAUAACAUGGAGUUCCAGUGGAAGUGAUGUGUCAGAUGAAGAUAAGAUACUUUCUGAAUCACAGAGAGAUGAAGGAAAUGGUUCUAGAAUAGACAGGUUUUGCAACAGGAAUAUUUUAUGUCCAGAAGAUGGGGCCAGUGAAGACGAGCGGCAGUUUAUUGACUGGGAGAUCAACAGCGACAGGGAAGAUGCUGGUGAAUGUAGUGAAUUUGAAGAUGGCGAGCAUGCUACGGAAAUCUCAGACUCUGCUUCUGGUUCAAGUAGUCAUUCUUUGACAAGUGACGAGAGGCUAUCCGAGCUUCCUAAGCCAAGUUCUACAGAAAUUUUGGAGUAUUCAUCAGAUAGUGAAAAAGAAGAUCACUCAGAGAAUGUCCUGUUCAUUGAUUCAGAAUCCCCUCACAAAUACCAUGUGGACGUUGGAACAGAUGCAAGACAAAUUAUGGAGACACUCAUAGACCCAAGGGUGAAAUUGACAGAGGACAUCUUGUGUACACCCUGGAAACAGACAGCUAAGUUUCCCAGGACUCCAGAAAAUUCAGGAAAGAAGACGAAGCUUUUAAGAGGCGGGCUAGCUGAAAGACUAAACGGACUGCAGAAUCGAGAGAGAUCUGCCAUUUCUUUGUGGAGACAUCAAUAUGUUUCUUAUCAGAGGACACUUUCAGGUAGAAAAUCUGGUGUAUUAAUUGUGAGAAUUCUAGAGCUCUAUGAGGAAUGCACCAUGCAAGUUGCCAUGUGUGAGCAGUUGGUGGGGCCACCAGCCACCAGCCCUUCCCACGGUGUGGCCCCCGGACCUGGCGCCAGCCUGCAGGUUCUCUUCACCAAGGAGACUGCAGGCUGCCUCAGGGGGCGUCCCUUGGACAUCAUCCACAUCUUCCCUCCCUGGCAAAAGCUUAUUAUCCCGAAUGGAAGUUGCCCUGUUAUUCUGAAUACUUACUUUUGUCAGAAAGUUGUUGCCAAAGAAGAUUCAGAAACAACUUGUGAAGUGCACAGUUGGGACACAUCCCUUCCAAGAAGAAGUAUCACUUUGGCCCAGAUGUUUAGAAUUAAGGGUCUAACAAAUAACUCACCAGAAAGCCAGGUUGUGCGUAGUGGUCUGGCCACCACGGUGACAGGCUGGACCCACGGGCAUGAGGAAGCAAAACGUCACCUUCUAGCCAGCACUCCCCUGAGGGAUUCCCUCCUGGAUGUGGUGGAGAGCCAGGGAGCUGCCAGGUGGUCAGGAGUUGGAGUCCGAGUGGUGGUACAGAGAGUUUACUCUCUUCCUGGCAGAGAGCGUGCCAGAGGCCAGCAGGGGAGUGGCUCGGGGCAUACAGACCCGCCUGGAGUUCGAGUCUGCCUACUGGUGCAAGACGCCUGUGGAAUGUUUGGCGAAGUGCACUUGCAGGGGGCCGUCCUGAAGGACAGACAGUUGGAAGGAAAGGCCUGCAGCCUGGCAGGAAUGAAGAUUCUACAGAAGGCCACCAGAGCAAGGAUGGCUGGGCUUUUUAGUUUGAUUGACACUCUAUGGCCCCCAUCAAGGCCUCUGAAAGCACCUGGCCGCAGCCAGCCCAGUGAAGAGCAGGUAAAAACUCAUUUGCCUCCUCCUACCUUCUGUUACAUCCUUAUGGCUCAUCCAAAUCUGGGACAAAUUGAUAUAAUUGAAGAAGACCCCAUUUCUAAGCUUUACCAGCCACCGAUUCCCCGCUGCUUAAGAGAAAUUCUCCAAACUGAUGAUCUCGGCACCCGUUGCAGUUUUUAUGCCAAAGUGAUUUAUCAAAGACCACAGCUAAAGAGUCUGCUUCUUCUGGAACAAAGGGAGAUUUCACUGUUGGUGACUGAUGCCACCCUGCAAGCAAAGGAUGAGAGUGAACCCAGCCUCCCCAAAACUGUGCAAGUCUUCGUGGCCCCCUCGUGUGUGCUGGACCUACAAGUCUUGGAAGCCUUCACCAUGGCCACACCUCACAACAUCCUCUUCAGGGAUGCCCUCCGCGACCAUGGUCAGAUUGUUUGUGUUGAACGGACUGUCAUCUUGCUUCAAAAGCCCCUGUCGUGUGUUGUCUCUGGUGUUCGCAUCUGUGAGCUGACUGGCCCAGUGACGCUGGAUGAACUGGACUCUGCUACAACUGCCAACUCCCUCUGCAGCGUUCAAGGUGCUGUGGUUGGUGUGGACGAGAGCACUGCUUUCUCAUGGCCUGUGUGUGACCAGUGUGGCAAUGGGAGAUUGGAACAGAGGCCAGAAGACAGAGGUACCUUUUCCUGUGGGGACUGCUCCCGGGUGGUCACGGCUCCUGUCCUCAAGAGGCACCUGCAGGUGUUCCUGGACUGCCCCUCGAGACCCCAGUGCAGAGUGAAAGUCAAGCUGUCGCAGAGCAGCAUUUCUUCACUGCUGGGGCUUGCCACCUGCGAGGACGGGAGUUACGAAGUGCAGAGUGUCCUCGGAAAGGAGGUGGGGUCGCUAAAUUGUUUUGUCCGGUCCAUAACCACCCACCCGACGAACUGCGUAGGAUUGGAGGAAAUUGAGCUUCUGGGUGCAGGAGGAACUUCUGCUGAGCGGUUGCCAUAGGAUUUGUGAACUUUGCAAUGUGGCUGCAAGGGUGGUGGUGGUGGUUUUGGGUUAUUUGUUAACUAUGGAUAGAGUGAAUAUAGUUCAUGAGCUUGAAAUGAAACUUAGAUUUUUCUGGGCAAAUGUUAGUAAAAUGGUUUUUUAAACUAUAAAUCAAAAUACCUUUUUCUAUAAUUUUGUAUUAUCUUUCUGCACAUUUAGGACCAUGUUAUUGAAGCCGAAAUAAGUAAGCUUAAGGUCUUCAUUUUGUAGCUGUCUUAGGCAAUAACAUUAAUAUAUCAGAAAAAAAAAGUUUUGUUCAGUUGUAAUUUAAAGUGUUUAAAAUUCUACCAUGAUUCAGCAUGUUUUUCUUGUAGUAAUUGUUUUCACAUUCCCCCAAAGAACACCCUGUGAAGCUUAAACCUUUGUCCCAUGUUGUGAUGUUACUGUUCAGCUACAAUAA